AUGUUUCCCUGUCCGUGUAUAGCCCCAGCUCUGGCAGUGAAUGGUCCCAGCCUUCUGCCCCAGAUCGAGCAGGACCCCCAACAGGAUGAGGAGCAGGACCCAGAGCAGACCCCCGGCCUCCUGGACAGCAUCCUGUGGAUGGCGGCUCCCAAGAAGAGACGCACCAUAGAGGUCAACAGGACCAGAAGGAGAGCUGAAAGAAAGCUCAUCAAAGUUAAGACAAACAUCGAGCCGUGUCCAGAGUGCGGUCAUUUGAAACAGAAACACAUCCUCUGCGGCUUCUGCUACGCCAAGAUUUGCAAAGAGACCGGUCUGAUCCGUCAGCAGAUCAAGGAAAUGGAAGGCGGCCCCCUGACGGCCCCGCCCGUGGAGACGGUCGUCCUGUAUGAGGGGGAGACGCCGAGUGAGCAGGACGGAGGGAAGAGGAUAGUGGAGCGGCCCAGGAAAAGACCCGCCUGGUUCAGAAACUGA